UACCAGACCCCUAUCCACUCAGACGAAAUGGCGGCUAUUUGAACGUGAUUUUGCCACAUCAACGUAGUGCAUGCGUUUGUGAGACCAUUGAGAGUCUAUUCAACAUUUAAAAUGGGCCUGAACGACUUAAUGCACCCAAGAAACAGAUACAAGGACAGUCCACCAAAUUUUAGCGAGCUAGGGGCAAUAUACCCAGAGUUUAAAAAGUUUACACGCGAGAAUUCUAGCGGAACUGUGAGCAUAAAUUUUAAGGAUCCCGAGGCGCUGAGAGCCGUGACAUGCUGUACGCUGGAUCAUGACUUUGGGUUGAAGCUUGAUCUACCGUUAGACCGGCUUAUACCUACCGUCCCACUCAGGCUUAACUACAUACUAUGGCUAGAGGAUUUGAUGAAGAGUUUGGGGGAAGUGGCGGAAGCUGUUUGGGGCUUGGAUAUAGGCACUGGUGCUUCUUGCAUCUACCCUCUUCUUGGUGCUGCCAUUGACAACUGGAAUUUUAUCGCAACUGAAAUUGAUGAGUUUGCUUUGGGUUAUGCCCAAAGGAAUGUUGCCCAGAAUGGAAUGGAUGGCAAAAUUAAACUCAAACUGGUUAGUCCUGAUUCAUACCUCAGGAAGCCACUGAAAGACGUCACUCAAAAAAUUACCUUCUGCAUGUGUAACCCUCCAUUCUUUUCCUGUGAGGAGGAGGCCAUGUUUGGUGCUUCCAGAACAGACAAGCGCCCUCUACCCACAUCUGUUUGCACAGGGUCAGCAAAUGAGACUGUUACCAGAGGCGGUGAGGUGGAGUUUGUCAAAGGCAUCAUUCGGGACAGCAUGGAAAUGAAAGAUAUGAUCAGCUGGUAUACAACAAUGUUGGGCAAGAAAUCCAGCCUAACGGAAGUCAUGGCUUUUCUGAAGAAAAAUAAGAUUUAUGCUGUUACAACAACUGAGUUUUGUCAGGGGAAAACAAGACGUUGGGGAGUUGCAUGGACUUUUAUUAAAGGCAUUUUAUCAAUAGAGUCUCCACCAGCAAAAAGACAUAAGAAGCACCACAAGGCUAAACCUUUGACCUUCACGAUCAACUCUUCUUCUUGCCAUGUUCAGUCACAUGUUAAAGACACAGCAGACAAAAUCAAACAAUUGUUUUUGCAACUGAAGAUUGACAUAAAAGAAACGUCCCAUAAAACUACAGACUCUAUUUCCUUCACAUGUACUGCGGUAGAAAACACAUGGAGUAACCAACGCAGGAAGCGGAGGGAACAACAGCGCCAGAAGCCACUCAUCUCUGAUGAUGUACCUCCAGCUGCCAUAGAAGAUGCUGAUCAAAGAAGUACCUCAGCCGCUGGCAGUACUCCAACUGCUAUAGAUUUGUCUCAGACUGGUAAAAAAUCAAUCACUGACACUUGCGCUUUAACAAAAAGAGAAAACAGUACAGAUAAAACUGCAGAGGGACCAAUGAAUGGCAGUCAAGUAUCUGGGAGUACUACAAACUCUGAUGGCAAACCAGAAAGUGAUAUGGCAUUGAAGGACAGAGGGGUAAACCAAAAUUGCUCGUCACCUCUGUGUGUGUUUUCUGUUAAUGUGGGAGAAAAGAUAGGAGAAGGACAAGAGAUAGUCUGUAUUUCUGUUGAGUUUGUAGAUGGGAAAGAUAAAAAUCAGCUUUAUCAGAUUUAUCAGUAUUUGCAAAACAAGUUAUUGAAGGGAUUAUGAUAAGAAUUUACACUUGUGCGAAAACAUCAUUUUUUUACAGAAAGCUUGCUCUCAUUUUGUAAUUUAACAGAAAGAGUUGUCACUUUGCUUAUCCUAGAUACAAUGAAUGCACAAAUAUAUUACAUUUAAAAACAAUUACAUAUCAAGCAAGAUAUAUAUAUAUAACAGUUCAAUAUGUGUAAGAAAGAGUAUACACCUAUUUCAAAUAAUGUUGCACUCUGAAGUCAAUGUAUCCUAACUUGCAGUGCUUUAUGGGAUUCGUAUAAAUGGCUGAACCAUGAUAUCUGAAAGCCAUGGGAAUGUUCAGAGGAACAUGAACAAUUAUUCUACAGCUUUUAAAGCCGAAAUUUGUUUUUAUUUAAGCUUUGCUUAUUUUUUUGAUACCCAUGAACCACUGCAGUUUACAAUACAUUAGUUUAUGGGUGCAACCUUUAUUAAAAUACCGUUAGGUGUAUAUGAGUAUAUGAGAUUUGUUUUCUGUUCUUGUAGACUGAAAAUCGCUAUCAAUUAAACUCAUUCUUCAUUCA